AUCGACUCCUUUCUUUAGUCUACUGCUUCCUUUUGCCGGAAGCUUUAUUGUUUUUUUAAGCUUCCCUUCCAGCGGGCGGAAAGCGGAAUUGCAACAUUGGUGCAGACACCAGAAAAGAGAUGCGAUUAGGGCUGAAACUUGGAGAAAAAGGAGAAAAACAAAACCCUUUUCUAUGCCGCACAUAAUUUAUUGCCCAACCCAGUUGUCCCUAUUCCAUUUAGACCUCCAAAACCCUUUUGUGUCACUUCAUAGUUGGAGUUGAAUGGCUGCAAAAUACCCGAAAAGGCUGUUUUGUGGUUUGUCUCUUGUCGUCGUUAUUUUACUGACAUGGUAUAUGGCAUUUCCUUCCCACACUGUGAUAAAACACAAAAACUGGAUGUAUUUCUAUGACUAUGAGCCUGUCUACAAGCCGAAUUUCCACUUCAUAUUACGUGAGCGAGUAACAUGUGAAGCCCACAAUCCGUUUCUGGUCAUCUUGGUGAUUUCAAGACCUACGGAAGUGAAAGCGAGGCAAGCGAUUAGGAUGACUUGGGGCUCCCAAAAUUUGUGGGGGAAAGAAGUUGUGAUGCUCUUCUUACUGGGCAGAGGGACAGAGAAGGAGGAUCUUGGAGCUUUAUCCAUACGAGAUGAAAGCAUUCUUUACGGAGACACCAUCCAGCAAGAUUUCCUUGACACCUAUGAAAACCUUACCUUGAAAACUAUAAUGGUGUUCAGGUGGGUCACUGAGUUUUGUCCGAGUGCUCAGUAUAUGAUGAAGACAGAUGCUGAUGUUUUCAUCAACACAGGCAAUUUAGUCAAGUUUCUUCUAAAUUCAAACGCCUCAGAAAACUUCAUGACUGGCUACCCUCUGGUGGAAAACCAUCCCCACCGAGGAUUUCAUUGGAAAACUUAUAUUUCUUAUACCGACUAUCCAUUUAGUGUUUAUCCUCCAUAUUGUGGUGGAUUUGCUUAUAUACUUGACACCAAACUAGCUCGCAAGGUUUACGAAAUGAUGAGCCAUGUUAAACCUAUUAGGUUGGAAGAUGUCUAUGUUGGGAUUUGUUUGAAUAUACUUGGGGUGGGUAUCUCUAUUCCAAAUGAUGACAAACUCUUCUUUUUGUACAAAAUUAAGUUUGAUGUUUGUACGUACAAGCACUUGGUUGCUGUGCAUGGCAUUUCUCCACAGGAAAUGAUUAUGUUCUGGGAGAAAAUAACAGAGACCACCUCAGUUCCUUGCCACUAACUCAAUUUUGUCCAACAUCUUAACAUUUGAAGUUUGGAUCUUUUCCUUUAGACCAAGGUGAGGUGGAACUGUUGGACUGCUGGUGGUCUUCCAGACUCUGUAUAUCAGGCAUGGGCAAACUUUCUAGCUUGGGGGCCGUGGGGCGGACUGGGAGGGAGUUGGUUGAUGGUGGACAGGAGAGUAAAAGUGUAUCCAUGAAACCCCAUAUUGCCUACUCCUGAUAUAGAAUCCUAGAGAUGGAAGAGACCUCCAAGCGCCAUCCAGUCCAACCACCUGCAUGCAGGAAGGCACAAUCAAAGCACUUCCAAUAGACAGCUUCUAUGGAAAAGCCUCCAGAGAAGGAGACUCCACCACACUCUGAGGCCACCUAUGCCACUCGCCAGGAAGUUCUUCUUAAUUUUUUCAGUUGACUCUCUUUCCCUGCCAUUUGAACCCAUUGCUCCCUUGUGCCCUGGGAGUUUUCCCCGUCCUCCUCAAUGGGACACCCUUUAAAAUCUUGAAACAUGGUUCUCAUGUUCCAUCUCAGCCAUCUCUUCUCCCAGCUAAACAUCUCCCAGGAGGAAAGGAGGAGGGAAAAAGAGAAGGAGGAAGAAAGUGUGGAAGAGAAGGAUGGAAGAGUGGAAGGGAAUGGAGGGAGAAAAGAGAGAAGGAAGGAAAGACAAGAGGGAGGGAGGGAG